AUGGGGUCCAACGGUCGAACCAAGAUCCCUCUCGUCCCUCUCGCCAAGGGUUCGGUACUGCUUCCCGGCGUGACCCUACGCAUUCCUGUCUCCAACCGUCCUGACCUUGCCAAUCUUCUUUCAUCACUUGUCGACAAGCCUUCGAAGCGAGACACCAAUACCAUAACCUUCGGAUGUGUUCCGCUGAGCUCACCGUUCCUGAGUCGUGAUGGUCAGCAGCUUCUCGAAGGUACUGACUCCGAUUCAGACCGGAAGGAAGAAUACGACUCGAUUGAUGCUGGCCAGGCACGAAAAGAGGAUCUCUUCCGCUACGGAACCGUAGGCAAGGUCAUCGGAGUUCAGCGCAGGGCCUACUCCGAGCCCUUCCUGCUUGUUCAAGGCCAGCAAAGGUUCUCAAUUAAGAAGAUUCUGCGAGAACGGCCAUACUUUGAAGCUGAUGUGUUCUAUCAUGAUGAAAGUAGUGAGUACCCACAGGCGAAAUUUCAGGAGAACGUGGCUGAUCACACUGACUCCGGUAUUAUAGACUCCGGCCAAAGUGACGCAGAAGUAGCUGAUCUAUUCCAACAAUUAAGACAACUCUCCAGAGAGCUUCUCACCCUCCUUCGCCUCUCCUCGCUACUGUCGGCAGCCUCGUCUCGCCUUUCGCCACUCGUUGCCCGCAAGUUCGAGCUCUAUAUCUCCAAGACAGAAUUGGCACAGGCAGGGAAACUGGCGGACUUCAUGGCCGAUGUUUCGGACGCAAGCUUUGAAGAGAAGCUGCGUAUACUUGCCUCGCUGGAUGUUAAGGAACGUCUCGGCAGAGUUGUUGAAAUCCUCGCCAGGCAGGCACAACAUAUCAAGAGUAGCGUCAAGGUCACAUCGGUUGGCUCUACCUCCUUCCCUUCCUCUGGGAUGGAUAUCAGCCAAAUCGAUCCCCGUGAACGUGAGCUUCUCGCAAAGCGCGCGAUUUCGGGGUUGUCCGGCAUGACACCCCCUGGAACAGCCGGGCGCGGCAACGAUGACGAUAAGGAACCUAACGAGGUAGAUGAGCUGCAGCAGAAGCUACAAGAUGCACAACUUAGUCCUGAGGCCCGGAAGGUCGCGGACAAGGAAUUGAAACGCCUGCGCAAGAUGAACCCCGCAAAUGCCGAAUACGGUGUUUGCCGUACUUACCUGGAAAACCUAUCAGAGAUUCCAUGGACCAAGGUGACCGAGGACCAGCUCGGCCCAGACACAUUGAAGCGAGCUAGAAAGCAGCUAGACGAGGACCACUAUGGCUUAGAGCGUAUCAAAAAGAGACUGCUAGAAUACCUGGCUGUUCUGCGCUUGAAGCAGAACACCAAUCUCGAUGUUGAACGCCAGAUUGGAGGACUGUCCAGGGAUCUGGACUCCUCUGCUAUUGGCGAUGUCGAAAAGGAUGUGCCUUUGCUGUCCGAGUCUGACCGAGUUGCAUUGGAGACUCGACUUGAACUCCUUAAGUCCAAGCGUAUGACCGACAAGUCUCCCAUCCUGCUUCUUGUCGGACCUCCUGGAACCGGUAAGACCAGUCUGGCAAGGUCGGUUGCUGCUUCACUGGGCCGCAAGUUUCACCGUAUCUCCCUUGGUGGUGUCAGAGACGAGGCCGAAAUCCGCGGUCAUCGACGCACCUAUGUUGCAGCCAUGCCUGGUUUGGUUGUGAAUGGUCUGAAGAAGGUUGGUGUUGCCAACCCUGUCAUUCUGCUUGAUGAGAUUGAUAAGGUCGGCGGCUCCAAUUUCCAAGGCGAUCCAUCGGCUGCUAUGCUGGAGGUCUUGGACCCUGAACAGAACCACACCUUUACUGAUCACUAUAUCAACAUUCCCAUCGACCUGAGCAAGGUUUUGUUCCUCGCCACUGCCAAUUCUUUGGAGACAAUCCCCGCACCUCUGCUGGACCGUAUGGAGACUAUCUCCCUGUCUGGAUACACAACCGUCGAGAAGCGCCACAUCGCUAAACAGCACCUGAUCCCUAAGCAGAUCCGAUCCAAUGGACUCACUGACGGACAGGUCAGCCUGUCUGAUGAAGUGAUUGACAAGACAAUUACCUCGUACACCCGUGAAUCCGGCGUCCGUAAUCUGGAGCGAGAAAUUGGUUCUAUCUGUCGCCACAAGGCCGUUCAAUAUGCCGAUGCGGGAGACGCUGACCGUCUAGAUGACUACAACCCUGUUGUAUCUGUCGAUGACCUGGAGGAAAUCCUGGGAAUUGAGCGUUUCGAGGAAGAGAUUGCCGAGAAGCACGGCCGUCCAGGUGUAGUCACUGGUCUUGUCGCCUACUCGACCGGUGGUCAGGGCAGCAUCUUGUUCAUUGAAGUGGCAGACAUGCCCGGCAACGGACGCGUCCAACUAACGGGUAAGCUUGGUGACGUGCUCAAGGAAUCCGUCGAAGUAGCCCUCACCUGGGUUAAGGCGCACUCCUUCGAGCUCGGUCUCACUCAUGAUCCCAACGAGGACAUCAUGAAGAGCCGCAGCCUGCAUGUCCACUGCCCCUCCGGCGCCAUUCCCAAGGACGGUCCGUCUGCCGGUCUUGCGCACACUGUUGCACUGAUCUCCCUUUUCAGCAACAAACCUGUCCCACCGCAGAUUGCCAUGACCGGCGAAGUCUCCCUCCGUGGCCGGGUGAUGCCCGUUGGCGGCAUCAAAGAGAAGCUGAUCGGUGCUCACCGCGCGGGCGUCAAGACCGUCUUGCUUCCGGAUCACAACCGCAAGGAUGUCAAGGAGGUCCCGCAAGAGGUCAAGGACGGCCUGGAGAUCGUUUAUGUCAAGCAUAUUUGGGAAGGCCUUCGUCAGAUCUGGCCCGAUGCCCAGUGGCCAGGUCAGCACCAGAUGAACUUCGUCGAGAGCCGUUUGUAG